CUAAAAUCCCCCUUCCCUUCUCACUCGCAGUCCUUUUUUCCACAUGAACACUGCAAACAAGACCUAACUCAGUGGCAUUUCUGACAAUGGAGGAUACUGAGUCAACAGCUAGGGAGAGGACGAGAGGAAAUGACGGGAAUCAGGAACCAGAGACGAACACAGUACUGAUGUCUAGCAAGCCUCUGCAUCGAUUCAUCAGUGGAGACCCGAAAAGUCUUGGGAUUGUUGUCCUGAUCUUUGGCUGUGCAGAGCUCCUGAUGGGAUUUCAGAUGGCCAAAGACAAACUUGAAAACUCUACUAAGAUCUACGUCCCUUUCUGGCAGGGGGCUCUGUUUCUCAUCUGUGGAAACCUCUCUAUCUACACUGGGGUGCAUCCAUCCAAGAGAAUGGUGACAGUGUGUUUGGCCAUGUAUGUGGUUUCCAUCUUGGGAAUCCUGCUCUCGCUUGGCAUUAGGAUAUGGAGUAUCUGUUAUCUCCUCCACCUCCUUUGGCGGUAUUGGAGCAGGACCUGGGCCCAACGGGAAGCUACACAGCUUCUGAUGGUUGAGGUCGUAUUGUUCAUUUCCACUUUCUGUGUGUCAGUGCUUCUCAUCUUCCUGUCUGCAAAGGCACGUUUAGCCUUGAAAUCCACACACACUCAGGUUGUUGUCCAGCAUGUCCAGCAAGCAGAGUGACAGCACAUCAGCCUGAGAUCAACAUAUUACAUUAUAUCUAAUAUAUAACCUCAGUGCCAGCUGCAACAUUUUUUCCUUGCAUAAACCUCCUCUACAAGACAAGACAUGCAUGUGUUGUGUAUCCUGUAUGUGCAAGUGCUACACCACCAGAUGGCAGCAUAGCUCAGUCACACCCUAUGGUAUUUUUCAGUAACUGCAUAUUACCCAUCAGACACUUUACAUUUGUGACUUGUGAUUUUAAGUUGGGUGAUCUGAAAAUGAAGCCACA